AUGGGCAGCGAAUGCAAGAAGGCCGCAAAGAUCUUGACAUCCUUCGUUGAUCCUAAACAAGCAUUCGGCCCCGACAAAGUCAUUCCCCCAGAAAUUCUGGCUGGCGCAAAGGGUCUCGCGAUUCUCACGGUUCUGAAAGCUGGUUUCCUGGGAUCUGGUCGAUUCGGCUCCGGUAUCGUCGUCGCUCGCCUCGCUGAUGGCACUUGGUCGGCCCCAUCGGCCAUUGCGACUGCCGGUGCUGGAAUCGGAGGGCAAAUUGGAUUCGAGUUGACCGACUUUGUCUUCAUUCUCAACGAUGCGGCCGCUGUUCGCACUUUCUCGCAGUUUGGAACCCUGACCCUGGGUGGUAACGUCUCACUGGCUGCCGGACCCGUCGGCCGAAAUGCCGAAGCGGCCGGAGCAGCCAGCACCAAGGGUGUCGCGGCCGUCUUCUCCUACUCCAAAACUAAGGGCCUUUUCGCAGGUGUCAGUUUGGAAGGUAGCAUGCUGGUGGAACGCAAGGAUGCCAACGAGAAGUUGUAUCGAAGCCGCGUCUCUGCCAACCAAUUGCUCACUGGAAGCGUUCGACCACCCCCAGCGUCUGAAGCCCUCAUGCGCGUGUUGAACUCUCGCGCCUUCCAAGGAAACGCGAGAGCCUACGGAGACUCCAUGUACAAUGACAUCCCCGUCUACGACGACAGUCACGACGAUGUGGUCUGGGAAGGACGCAAAGGCGAUGCCUACGGCCAGGGAAGCCGGCGCAGCCGAGCUAACACCGCCGACGAUGACUACAGUUACCAGGACAAGCCGCGCCGCGCAAAUACUUGGGCCGAUGAUGUUUACGACCGGCCCGCUGGAGGACGUUCUUCGACAUCCCGGGCAGCCCCCAGUGACUCAUAUGACAACUUUGGGCGCAACCGAAGCAACACUGCGCCAUUUGAUGAGGACUAUGUCUACUCGGAUCGCCGACCCACUCGUCCCACGGCUCCCAAGCCUGUUUUCGGACAAAAGACAGGCUCGGCCCAGCUACGAUCAGACCAGGCGAUUGCUCUCUACACAUUUGACGCUGACCAGGAUGGGGAUCUCGGUUUCAAGAAGGGUGAAAUCAUUACGAUCCUCAAGCGGACCGAAAAAGCCGAAGAUUGGUGGACCGGCCGUGUCGGUAACCGCGAGGGUAUCUUCCCCAGCAACUAUGUCGAUGCUUCUUGA